AUGGCAUCCACAGCCCAGCCCUCUUUCGCGAAUAGACCAUACUCGAACUUGCAUGGAAAAUUACCAGAUAGGACGGCUGCGGGCUUUGCGCAGAGCGCUCAUACGGGGCCGAGGGAUAACGCGCGACUGGAGCGUGAGCGACAAGAACGGUCACAGAGGGAAGCGCAAUCAGCGGCGCAAGGAGGGAGUGGAGCACAGAAUCCCUUGAGUAGCAUUACAGACGAACAGCGUGAGGAAAUAAACGAGGCAUUCGGCCUUUUCGACCUCGACAAAGACCAGCGGAUAGACUACCACGAAUUCAAAGUCGCCCUGAAAGCAUUAGGUUUCGACCUACCCAAAUCCGAAAUACUAGCCCUACUUACCGCCAAUGGAAUACCCAAAGACGCUCCUAUAGCACCCCAUCCACCCGCAAGAAACCCCAAACCUCCGCAAAAUGUCAGCGUCGGAAAAUUAAUUUUAACGUUACAAUCAUUCCAAUCGAUAGCUGCGACGCUGAUAGCGCAGAGGGAUCCAAAGGAAGAAAUACUAAGGGCAUUCGCCCUGUUCGACACAGAAGAUAAAGGGAUCAUAAGUAUAGAGGAUUUAAGAAGGGUAGCAAGGGAACUAGGCGAAGCGCUCGAGGAAGAUGAAUUGACGGCCAUGAUUGAGGAGUUUGAUUUAGAAGGAAAAGGGGGUGUGGGGAAGGACGAGUUCAUUGGGAUAUGUAUGGGAUGA